UUUAAAGGUUAUAUAGCCCCUGUGACUAUUAUCUGCUCUCCCUCUCCAUCCGCACACAUUCUCUCUUUGAACUUUCCGUCAACCACUAUCAGCCAUGUCGACUCCUUACACCCUCCGAUGGGGAAUCAUUUCCACUGGUUGGAUCGCCAGCAUGUUCGUCAAGGACAUCUUGAUCAGCCCGACGACGCGAGAUGUGAACGACGUUGUUCACAAAGUGGCAGCAGUUGGUUCUCGGGCAGUGAAAAGUGCUCAAGAUUUCAUCGACAAGUAUGCAUCUGGAGACUCGUCAAUCAAGGCGUACGGCUCCUACAGCGAGGUCUAUGCGGAUAAUAAUGUUGAUGCGAUAUACAUCGGCACGCCCCACACAUUCCACUAUGAGAAUGCUCUGGCUGCUAUCAAGGCCAAGAAACACGUCCUGUGCGAGAAGCCUGUCACCUGCAAUGGCGCUGAGCUUCGUUCUCUCAUCGCUGCUGCAAAGCAGAACAAUGUCUUCUUCAUGGAGGCAUUAUGGACACGCUUCCAGCCCCUGGCUUUGGAAGUGAAGAAGAUUUCAGAGAGUGGCGUUCUCGGUGAUCCGGUCGCGUUGCAUGCAGAUCUUUCGGCCGACUUUGGCAUUGAUACUCUUGACAAGGGUCAUCGCAUACUGGCGCCUGAACUCGGGGGUGGUGGCCUUCUCGACUUGGGGCCUUAUCCGACGAUCUGGGCCAUCCUUGCUCUUUACGAGCACCCCUCGAACAAGAAGGCGCAGCCAUCAAGCAUCACUGGUGCUAUGUUAAAAACCCCCAUAACUGGCGUUGAUCGAAGCACAACUUGGACCGUCACCUUUGCUCCCAACUCGCCCUCGGAUCCCAACAAGCUUGCAGCCCAGGCCAUCUUAAGCGUGAACAUCAAUGUCGCGUCGAACAACACCGGGGCUGCCAUCAGAUACGAAAAGGGCAUCAUUACUAUCGACUCGCCCCUCUAUCUCCCCAAGUCUUUUACUGUGCAAUACUUCGAGAAGGGCGAGACUGUGAAGACGGAGACGAGAAAGUUUAGCCACGUCGGUCACGGAUUGCACUUCCAAGCAGACGAGGUCGCUCGGUGUAUCCGGGAUGGGAAGACAGAAAGUGACAAGUGGGGCCACGACAAAAGCUUGCUGGAGAUGGACAUUUUUGACGAGGUCCGGAAGCAAGGUGGUUACAAGUUCCCUCCCGGUGUGGAGAAAGUGCAGCUGUCUUAAGCGGCUGCUAUUCGCCAUAAUUUCUUGUCAUGUAUAAUAUCCUGUAUCUGCUAAAAAGAGCUGUUCAUUGACUGCAGCAUU